AUGCUUGAUAAUUAUAUUGAAAUCCUCUAACAAUACAAGAAUCCCAAAUUGCAAUACUUGUUCAGUUCCCUACCCCUACCAAAUUAGUGGCAGCUGUUCUAAACUGCAAAUAAGAUCGAUGUCCUCAACAGCCAAACUGACUAUUUGAUUGAUUUGUAUCACUAUAGAGAAAUCCCAAAGUUGUUACUCAAGGAUCAAAUCGAACGUCUUCCUGAAGAAUUUCAACAUGAUCUGAAUCAAGAAGAGUUUAUUUUGAUGUUGGCCAGAGUUCUAGAAUUUCCGCCAUCCCAUUUGCCAUUUUUAAUUAAUGGAACUAGAAUAUUAUAUGACCAAAUUUGUUGGCUGAACUAGAUUCACAAGGUCAACUUUUCAACUUUCCUAAGCUUUUACAUCAUCUGUGAAUCGGAAGCCAAAGACAUGCCAGAAUCAUUCUUACCAUACACUAAUGAUCAACGAGCAUUCUUGAAACACUUCUAAGAAUUCGAAAAGGAUGAUUUUGGAUUUAGAUUCUCUAAGAAUUAGGACAUCACUCACCAUUAAAAUCCCAUAAAGAAAGUUUUCUAUUGUCAAGAUUCAAUUUUUAGUUUAGAUUAGAUGAGUGAUAAUAUUUAGAUCUUUGACUCAGAAACAAUCGAAUUAAAAAAGACUAUAUCAUGCACAUCAACUAAACACAAGACCAACUUCUUGGGAUCCCUUUCCAAGACCAUCUCCUAAAAGACCAUCAAUAUCUUGGAUAUCUUCUUCGCGGAUUCCCCAAAGAUACUUGGCGCAUGUUGUUAAGAUAAAACGAUCUCCUUCUGGACAUUGACUAACAAAUUCUAAUAGGAAUACUCAUUUUCCACUGAAAAGUAUGGACUCUAAGUUUAAAUCGCUUAUCUGGAAUCGAUCAAGGCAUGGAUAACUAUCAAUCGAGAAAAUUAAAUAUAUUAAUGGUCAUUCACAUAAUUAAUAGAAUCAAAUGACAGUAAAGCUAUUUCCUUUGCCAACUCUUCAGUCGGCACUGCAGUCUUGCUACCUUACAAGGGAGCACAAAUAAAUUACAUCAAGGAGAUCUCCUUAUUGAAUCAGCUGUUUAUCUGUACAACCGAGGAGAUCCAAAAGAAGAGUGACAAUACUGAUAAGAUCUUCAAGACCAUCGAGAAACGCAUUCAUGUUUGGAAUCCCAUAAAAUGGCAUGCCUUCUCAGACAUCAAAUUACCCAAUAAGGGUUCUUCAGUUCAUACCAUAACCUAUUCUCCAAAAUUGGAUGUACUAUUUACUGUGGGAUUCAAUGAUGAUGUGUUGCUGUGGAAAUUCGAUGAGGGAAAUGAGAAUUAUAAUCAGUUUCAUAAGUUAACCAUUCGGGAACAGAUUGAAAAUCAAAGAAUCGAGAAUAACACUGUUUCAGCCAUUGAAGCUUUUGAUGAAUACGGCAUGUUGAUAAGUUUGGACAACAAGGGAAUUAUGAGAUGCUGGGAUAUUGAAUCAUGGGAAAUCAUUUACAGAUUCAACCUUGAAUGUGAAAUUAUCAACACGAUAAGCUAGAUCUUGAAACUAAAUUAAGGGAAGUUUAUUGUCACCACUCAAAGACUCAAGGUGUUGUAAUUUCCACGUAGUCAACCAAGAAAAGUCAAAGUGAGAUUCAAACCAAGAUUAAUGCAAUGCUUCAGUCAGAGAGUGUAUGUCAGUUCCAACAAUUAACUGAUAGGAUUCAAUUGGAACAAUGCUUACAUCGAGGAGAAAGUUGAGAUGGCCAACGAAUAAGAGAAGGUCGAUUCUGGAAUUGAAAUUCUGUUCUUCUUCACUCAUUGGGAUGUGACCAUUAUCAUCACUAAUGAUGCCAUCUUGCACAUCAUCAAGGACAGAUUCAGGAAUAAUCAGAAGGGAAAGAAAGAUUUCCUUGAAUAUCCCUUAUUUGAAAACAAAUAAAUCGAAGGCUGUCAAUUCCAUUACUUAUAUUCCCAACUCACUUGUUGGAACAAAAGCAUAUUAAGGAUAUUCCAAAGUCAAUACAUUUCUAAAUAAUUGCAUUUUACUAAGAUUCGAGAAAUGGAUGCUCGAGGUCACAUCUAAAAAGUGGUCAAUUGUUGUGAAAGAGACAUCAUUGGAGUUCUCAUGAAAAAUAACAUUCUCAAUUUCAUACAGUAUAGCACCAUGAAGACAACAUCAUCAGUUACAACAGAGGAUGAAAUUGCUGACUUCUUUUUGUUUAAUGAUUAUAGAUGUUUAGCCAUUAUACAUCAAAAAAGAAUUGUCUUCUAUUCCCAUCAAGAUUACGCCCUUUUUUAACCCAAAUAUUUCGUUAGGACAGAUUCUAUCUCUCACAUAUUGAAUCUCAACUACGAGUCCUUAGAUAAAAUAUUGGAUAUUUAUGUCCCCAACCAUUUCAAGUACAAGAACAUUCAGUUUUUUAAAUAACAAGAAGCCAAUAACCAAUUUAAAUAUAAUGAAGAUGUCAAGAAGGAUUUCUCAGUCCUCUAACAAAUUAAGGAAUUGAAACAAAAGAAUGAAGAGUGCAAUUUCCUAGAAGUCAAGGGCACUGGACUUGUUAAGUUCAAAAGAACUGUUAAAAAGAUUCUAGAUAUGAUCAGAAAGAAUUCACUAGAUGAACUACAUCGAAUAUCUAUCUUGGAAAGAUAAAGCAUAAUCGAUUCAAGUAAUUAACCAAGCCAAAUUUUGGAUCUUGACUCCACCUUAAUACGAAGAAAUGGACAAUACAUAUCCAACAUUAAAAUAGAUUAUGAACUCCAACCAGUCGAUCUUAACCAGUACACCUAUAGCAAAGUAUACAUCUACGAAGAUUUCCAUUAUUAAUACUUUCUGUGUCAAAACUCCAAUCCAAUUGUGUUAUCUAAUAUCCAAUCCAAAAUUGUUGAAAAGUUUCAAUAAAUCAAGGAUCCCUAUUUAAAUAAAGAUGAUAAUACAAAGAUUAUUGUUUCAUUCAAUUCCUCAGAUGAAAUAUUCCUAGAUUACAAAGAAGCUGAAGAAGUAAUCCUAACCAAAGUAGAAAUUGAUCAUAACUCCAUCAAUCCUUAGAUAAUUAAUUUUUAUGAUCAUUUACUAUUAAUUACCUUUGGCAAAGAAGAUAAUGCCUUGAAAUUUUGGGAUGUCACAUGUCUUAAAUCUUUGAAAUAGUUGAUAGUAGACAAAGAGUAUCUCAAUCUUAAACCAUCCUAAGUCAGUUCCAUCUUAAAAUUGAAAGAACUUUAAGAAUACAACUAAACUCAUGAGAUCAAAUCUUAAGAAUAGAUGGUGUCAUAAAAAACUAAGGACUUGCAAUCCCUAAUUAAGUAUAAGACUAAACAUUUAGGAUCCACAAAUUUAGGAGAUUCUCCUUAUCUACAGGCAGAAUACAUAUUACCUUUGGAAUUGCGAUUAAAAUGGAAUCUCAAAGAUUUUAAUUCCUUGUAUAGGAUAAAUUAAAUGAAAGAAACCUUUAAUUAUAUGUUGAAAAUGUUGUAUAACUAUUAAGAAGCUAAUAAAUACUAAAUUUAUCAAUAACAAUUGCAAAUUAACAAUAAAAUGAUGCUUUAAUAGAAAAUUAAAUCUGGUAGUCAAUUAGAUUUAUAUUUUUCUGAUGACUUACAUGAUCAUCCCCAAUUACCCAAAUUAUAUUUAACUUAACUACAAAUUAAACCAGAUCCUCCUCCAAAUACACCAUUUCCUAAAGUUUCAAAAGUGGACAAGAAGGCUGAUAUCAAUUUCUAAGUUAUAUCUUCGAUUUUAAGAAAAAGUGAUUCUGACUAAUAAGAUUAAAAUAACACUGAAAAAAAAUUGAGGAUGUCUGUUCAUCUAUCACCGAAAGGAAAAAUCAAAAAGUUGAAUAAAAAAAAAGAGAAAGACAAAGAUUCAGGUCGAGAGAAUCAAAAGGAGAAAGAAAGAGAUUAAAAUAAGGAGAAAGAAUAUUAUGAUGAAGGUUUAAAGUAAAAGACAGAUGAUCAGGUUCAAUAUGAAAGAUUUGAUUAAUUUAUUAAAGGAGCACCCAAAAAAAUAGUUUAAUUGAAUAAGCAAUUAAAUGAAUUAUAUUAUCCACCUUUUGAGAAGGAACAAAAACUACUAGAAAUAGAAAAGAGAAAGUAAAGACAGAAACCAGAUCUGUAAGUUACUACCAAUAAAAAGACAGGAAUCUAAUUAAUUAAAUUUAGUCACAGAGCCACUGAUGAAGAAAAGAGAAAAUUUUUAAUGAAUUACAGUUUUGAAGAAGUAGCCAUAAAGCAGAGUCAAAGUUUGAGAGAAAUAUCAGCAAAACAUGUUGACAAAUCACUAACUCCCUUUAAAGAUUAUUUAAAAGAAACCAGAAGCAUUAAAUUAAAUAACCCAAUCAAAGCUAAAGUAAAAUUAUCUCUGCUGAAGUAAAACGAUAACGUAUCUGAUAUCUUAGAUACUAAUUAAACCAUGGAGGAUUAAGUAAAGGAGGAAAUGGUAGGUCUCAAAUUGAUAAAGAGAAAUCAUCGAGCAAAGAUCAAGGAUGAAUUAAAAUAUAUAUUGGAUGCUGACUUAAAGAAGUUUUCAUCUUAAGAUAGUUUUGCAGAAGCCAUAAAUGACUCCCAGAGGAAUCGAUCCUUAACACCCUUAAAAGAAUAUUUAAUUUCCAAAUCAAAAUCAAAAAAGCAACUCUAUUGA